UAAAUAAUUUAGUUGACUCUCUCACAACGCUAAUAUAAUUUCGAGUGUAUAAUAUGAACUGUAAAUUUAUAAUUUAAUGGGCAAUACAAGUUUUUCGUUGAUAUAUACUCAUCCAAUGGGCAGAAUAAACAUUUCAUUUUUGAAAACAUCAUCAAUCGUCAGAAAAAAUCAUCAAUCCAAGCGUGUCACAUUUAUUUUAAAAUAAGAGCCAAAAAAUAAUAAUUGUGUGUGCAUAAGAAUUAAAAUUAAGUGAAAAAGACAUCAACUUUAUUAAAGGAUUUUAGCGGCAAAAUAUAAAUAGCAACUAUGAUCGUUUUUAUUGUCAUUGUUUUAUCGUCAAUUUUUAAUUUAUUGUCAUGUGCCACGUUUCACCACAUCCAACCAGUCCAUGCGAUACCAAAAACCACACUGAAACUUAGAACCUAUGAGUCGCUAGAAAAUUAUGAGUUCCCGGAACUGGAGGAUUUUGAUUACAAUAAUGAUGAAGCUCCAUUUUUUCCAAAAGAAAAUACUUUGUUGGAGUUUUUGCGAAAAGCAUUUGGGAAAGUGGCCAGAAUACAUUGCAUAGGCGCCGGAUAUCCACCUCCGAACAUAACAUGGACCAAAAAUAACGAAGAAAUCGUGAGGCACAUGGGCACGGUUCAAUAUAAAAAAUGGGCCAUUAUAUUAGAAGAUUUGACACCAAAAGAUGCUGGAGACUACACUUGCAAGUUGUGCAACAUACACGGAUGUAUUGACCACACAACUAAACUUCUUGUGGAAGAUCGUUUUUCGAGUUCGCUAUACUUUAUAAAAGAGCAAAUCGUCAAUGGAACGGCAACGGUUAACGGAAAUAUUACAUUUAAAUGUCCAGUUAUCCAGACAGAAAGGGCCGCACAUAUUAAGUGGAUCAAAUUUCAUGCGUUAAAUGACUCUGAUGCCCCACCAAAUGCAGUUCUUCUUGAGGUUGAUGAUUAUAAGUCGGAAGAGUUAACACUUCAUAAUAUCACACAUGCAGACGAAGGAUGGUACAAAUGUAUUGCAGUAAACAAUAUGGGUUUCAUGACGGCUUACGCUUAUUUACAUGUGGUAGACGAAAAUGGGCCAAAUAUCGAAACAAAAGAUAUAGUUGGAGUCCAGUUGGCUUAUGAUAUGGUGAGAAAAACGGAAAAUACUUAUGGAAAAAUCCAAUAUUAUUUCACUUAAAAAGAAGAAAUUCCUAUGUGCCACUUAAGAAAAACUUGAAUUCGGAUAUACUUAUGCUUGUAUGAUUUCAUCAAAGUCAUUUUUUCUCAGCCUUACAUUUCAUUUGUUUCCAAACAUUUUUCAAUCCAAACAUUGUUUUUCAAACAGUAUUUACAGGUAUUGCAAUAUUACUCGGAUUAUUUGUUGUGCUGUUUCUAUUUUGUUUUCUACAAGAACGAAUAAAACGCGUUCGAUUGAAAAAACAUCUUCAAGGAAACCCGAGGAGAAUCAAACCGCAGCAUGCACUGAAUGAACAAGCCCACCAUUUGCCAUAUAAAAAGGAGUUUGAAUUUCCCAGAGAACAGAUUAAACUCGAACCGAAGUACAGUGUACAUUAGGGUAUUUCCCAUAUCUGUAAAUAGAAAAAUGGUAUUUUUUAAUUGAAAGUAGACAAAAUUCUAUGCUGGUUAGUAGCAUCGAUACAACAAAGCGAUUUAUAUCAACACUUCCCGAAGCGAAAAACGAUUGUUGCCUCUGAAUAUGGAUAUCAAUCACUCCAUUAUAUGAAUAAAAUCUCAUAGUGAAGAAUACUUACAGAAAAAAACACCUAGAAGUACUUCCUCGAAAUGCUGAGACACAACAGUCAGUCUCAGUUAAUGUAACAAAUUACAAUAUUAAUUUUUGAUUAAUUUUCGAGUACGAAUGGUGAUUGGUGAUGCUUAAGGCUGCUGAUUCGGUUGAACUGCUGGCUGUCGCGGUGAUCGUCUGUCUAAUCCUGCCGGAAUAUCCCAUCCAAACAGCUCACAAUGUCCUAUUCAAAAGUAAACACACACACACGGAAAUAAUGUAUAGAUUAUUGGCAGAAAUGAUUUUUUUUCUUAAAUCUAUACAAAUGUUUAGAUAUCUCAACAGAAAUUUAUUUUUUUAUUAAAAAAAUAUUUUCUCAAUGUCAUUAAAUAUUGCAUACAUAUUUAUCAUCGAGCGCUAAAAUAGAUCAUUCAAAUAGUGUGCAUUUCAUUUAAUAUGUAGAAUAUAUGCAAAUGCAAAUUUCUAAUACACAUACCUUUGAUGAGAAUGCAUUUGGCGGCGACGAUAUCACGAUCCCAAGAUGUCUUGUGUACAGCCAUUAGUAGUUGCUUGUCUUCGAUUUCCAAUUCAUUUUCAUCAUCGACUGCAUAUGGCUGUUGAACAGUUGCAUACGGUGUAUCAGCAUUGACUUGAGCAUAUUCCAAUUUACCACUCACUGUGUUUACUUGCCAAUUUUUUGGAUACACGGCCACCUUAGACAGUAAACGUUCAGCAGCAAUAUCGAAUUCUUGCUCAGUCAAACAAAAACACAAUAAUAAAAAGUUGUAUGUAAAAAUUGAAAUUUAUUUUCGUGUUGGACAAUGUCAUCAAACGUUUAUCUUUCAUACAAUCGUUCGUUUGUUUCAGUAUUUGGGAGUCAUUCCUUCCCGCUUCAUUAAUUUCACAAAAAAAUAUUCUUUUUUCAUUCGCUUAACAGAUAAUUGAUAAAUAUGUAAUACCUAUGGAAUAUAUUCUAUUGGUUUUUUUUUAAAUUUAGCAAAUAUAGUAGAGUGAAAGAAUUGGU